AUGCAAGAUAAAUCUCCAUUAAAUCAAAGCAAAGUCUACAUAUCAUCUUAAGUUGACAAAGAAUAGAUUACUUUAUCUCAAAGUGACUCUAUUUAAGAUUAAAAGGAACAAAAUAAUUUAGAAAAUUCUAUGAGACCUUUAAUGGAAUUACUUGAGGAGGAAGAUAGCAAUGACCUAGAUGACAAUAAUGAUAGUUAAAAUUUUGAAAUUUAAAGAGGAAAGUUCGAAAAGGGACACAAAGAAAGAGUUCAGCUUAAUAAGUAUUUAGAUGAUGAAUAGGAUAUCACUUUAAAUGAUCUUACAAGUGAGCCUGAUGUUAGCAUGAUGACUUUUAAGCAAAUGUAUAAUAAAAAUCCAGCAGUUUUACAUAAUAAGCUAUUCGAAGAUGAUUAUCAUUAUAAUAAAUAGGAGAGCAAGAAAGUUGUCUUUGAGGUCGAGUAAUUGGAUAAAUCAUCAAGAAAAAGUGAUCCUUUUAAUUCUUAAAGAGAACUUUUAGAAUUCAGUGAAACUUGA